CCUCAGCGACAGGUCUAGGGCAGCACGAUGCCCGUCAAUAUUCUCGCCCAGGCCUUCUCCGACGGCAUAUCCUCUAUUCCUUAUAGCUGGACAGUGCUGAAGGUCAUAUCAUGCCUUGCCGUUCUUUACCUGCUGAAAUGGUACUUCAAUGGAGCUACCAAUACUUCGGAGCGCAAUAUGCACUCGAAGGUCGUGAUGAUAACGGGAGGAACAUCAGGAAUAGGCGCAGAAGUAGCCAAAGGCCUUGCCGCUCGAGGAGCUCAGCUCGUCCUGCUCACCCAGCACCCGCUCUCCGACCCCUUUCUCGUCGACUACGUUAUGGACCUACGGGCUCAGACUGGCAAUGAUUUGAUUACAGCCGAGCAUGUGGAUCUUACCUCUCUGCACAGUAUCCGGGUCUUCGCGACCAAGUGGGUGGACAAUGCCCCUCCACGACGCCUGGACAUGAUAAUCCUGUGCGCGAAUGUGCGAACGCCGCCGGGCGGGAAGGCGACGACGACCGAGGACGGCUUGGAGUCAACCUGGGGUCUCAAUUACAUGGCGAACUUCCAUCUCCUGAGCAUUCUCAGUCCGUCACUGAGAGUGCAACCCCCAGAUCGGGACGUCCGCAUCAUAUUUGGGACAUGUAGUUCGUACAUGGGAGGCACUCUGGAAUUUGCUUCCAACUCGCAUGCAAGCACAAAGUCGAAGCCUAAGGCUAAGAAGGAUGCGAAAGCGUCGGCCGAAACCGCGGCAUUCACUCCGGGCGGCGUGUACGCUACAUCCAAACUCGCACUCAUGACAUUUGCAAUCGCCUUCCAGAAGCACCUCUCCUCGUACGCACGACCAGACAAGACCCCCGUCAACGCAAGGGUCAUCAUAGUCGACCCUGGAUGGGCACGCACACCCGGCAUGCGCAGGUUCCUCUCUUUCGGGAGCCUCUGGGGCCUGGCGCUGUACCUGUUCAUGUGGCCGUUCUGGUGGCUGGUGCUCAAGAGUCCAGACUACGGAGCACAAACUUUCCUGUACGCCGCAAUGGAGGCGCAAUAUGGCCGUGGUCCAGGAGGGGUGUUUUUGAAAGAGUGCAGGGAGAUCAAGUUCCAGAGGCCAGAGAUUGAGGACGAGGCCGUGCAGAAGAAGUUGUGGGAGAUGAGUGAGACUACGGUGCAGGCGUUGGAGAAAGAGGGGGCGCUGAGGAGGGCCAAGGAGAAAAAGGCCGAGGAAAGUAAACAGCAAAAGGGUGCAAAGAGGUGAGAGAACGGCCUGAAGCUAGUCGAGCAAGAGGCGGACUCUGCCGAAUAUCCAGCUUGUGACACAUUUAGGGACCAAGCGCCUUGGAUAAUCAAUGGGCCGAUCACACUCCUUGUGGAUGUUCUACGCGAUGCUCCAGCCCCAGAUUUCGAGGUCCAGCC